AUGGACCAAAUCGAGCCAGAAACACAGCCACAACAGCCGUCGACGAAAGUCGCCGAUUUGCAAGCUACUCCGGCUGCUUCGACACCCGCACCGGCUGCACUAAUCGCUGCUGUUACGCCUGCGCCGUCUGCUACGCCUACGGCGGCUGCUAUUCGAGAGCCUAUCCGCGUGAAGACAACACUCACGUUUAUGAGCAAGGAGCUACCGGCACCAACGCGUGUAUUCAAUGGCGACCCCCUCCAGAUCCAGCAGCUGUUCGACAGCAAUAAGAAGAUAGUGCGGAAGUACGCCCAAGCUAAGGGUAUGCACUAUCACAUACAAGAUCGUAGUGGCAAGCUUAUAGCGCAACGGCACGGUUAG